CAAGGUCUUUGUGUGUAAAAGUGUGUGUCUAAGUUUAAGUCUGUGUGUAUGUGUGUGCAUGUGCAUGUGUGUGUGUGUGUACGUUCAGUCUAAGAUCAACACUGAGGGAUUCCACUUCCUCCGCCAGCUCCACUCCACUGUUUCCACGCAGCCCACAGUUCGUCCACUAUUGUGUACAUCUGAAAAAAGGAGCGAAGGAAGGAGGGAGCAGACGCUCGGCCCUUUGUGUGCUGGAGGUUCAGCCCGAAAACAGACAGAGAGAGAUUUCUCCUGCUCAUAGCUUCUGCUCUUCAUCUACUCACACACUCACACACACACACUGUGGCACGGAUGCAAGCGUGGACUACAACUCUGGCUUCCGUGUGUGUGUCAGAGCAUGUGUGUGUGUGUGUGUGUGUGUGUGUGUGUGUGUGUGUGUGAUGAAAGCAGACGUCACAGCAGUACAUGAACAUUGAUGUGGGGGAUUGUCUCUUUUAUCGCAGCAAGAUGGCGGCUCUGUAGGAGCAGGUUGGGAUCGCGAGCGUUCACGGCACACGGAGGGAGCAAGGGGAAACCAAGGAAGCAAAGACUGUAGCCUUGUGAAUGGACUCAGAGCAGUCCAGAUGGAAACAGAACAAACCAGGCAUGAGACGGAAGAAAAUCUGAUACACACACAGCUUAAUGCUACCCACCAGGCACCUGUCAAGCUGCAGAAUGGUUACCAGUCACCUGACCCCAGCCCUCAACAACUUAAUGGGGAUAGCAGUUGGAGCAAUUUCAAGACAAUGAAACGACACCGGGAUGACUGUUCCAGCCCAGUCACCGUGUAUGAUCAGGGCCUAUAUCAAGGAAAUGGUGAGAAAUGUUCACUGAAUGACCAGUCAUUAGCUCUUCACCAGCCCAAAAAGCUCUGUGUUAAUUCUGAGACAAGUAGUCCAUUAGAAAAGAAAGAGACAGAUAUAGAAAGGUGUUUAGACACAAUCUCUGAGGUGAGCAAGUCUGUACAAGACACAGGAAACUGCAAUUAUGCCAAUGCAGACAUCUUCUCAUUACCAAGGAACAAGCAGAUGCCAAUGACCAAUGGCGCUACAGUAACUCCACCGUCAAUGGAACGUCCUUCUGGUGAUCUCUUAGAGAAAACUCAGUCUCAGUAUUACUCAAACAACAUGUCCACAACUAAAGAUACCAACAAUCUACAUGAGCAGGCCAUCUCUUCACCGUCACUUACCUCAGGUUUUUCUGUUUCAGCUCAGAUGCCUGCCUCUGAGCCAACUGCCCAGGCACCAUCAGAAGUGCAUGGUGACAAUGGAUAUGACCCAGAGUUUAUGGUGAAUGGGUACUCUGGAAACUUUGGAACAGAGCAGCAGCAGCAGCCUCUGCCAUACCCUCCCGCUGACCUCCCGGCUUUGGAAAAUCAACCACAAAACAAUUUAGGAAAAGGGCCAGGAAUUGCCUCAGUGAGCAUGAGUGACAGUUCACAGGUUCAAAAUGGCAGAGAGUGUUUUGCCAGCAGCCCAGUGGGUUUAAGCAUAUUAUCAAAGUUGAAGCAAGAUUUCAGUCAGGUGUCUUACACGAUGUCAGCACAGGCUGAAUCUGCUGGUACAUUUGGGUCAUUUGAGAACACAGCCACUAAUCAGGAGACCAGCACUGUUACAGGCCAGCAGCACUUGCAAUAUGCAACGCAACAGCACCAGUCAGAUGUUUCCUGCUCAGCUGAUAGCAGCCCCCAGGGCAAUGGAAUCACAGCAUCUUCUCCUGUUGAAAUUCAGGCAGCUUCAAAAACUCAGCGUAAUGAGCUGGAACACAAACAGCUAGACCAGGGCAGUAAUGUGGUUUCUGACACUCAGAUUAGUUGGAUCAAUUUAAACUCUACUCCAAAUCCACAGCACCAUGCGAAACAGGCACACAUGUGGAAGGAUUUCCCUUCAAAUGAGAACAAAGCCAGACAAAGCCCUGGUGAUCUGCUGAAUCCUGACAACUCAAAUAGCUUUCAAAUGCAGCCAAGCUUAUCCCAACAACAAGAGGGUAACAUGCAAAAUGGCUACAAGUUUCCUACACAACCUCACCCUAACGGUGGCACAGAAUUUCAGCCUCAAACACCUACAAUUCCAUCUGAUAUGCACACCAAGCCCAACAUGCAGCUCAUCAAUGUCCAGCCCCAACAUCAUGUGAAUGAACAGUUUUUCCCUCCAGUACAACAAAAUAAAUUAUGCAAAAACGAUGAAAACGUAGGGCUGGUACUACCUCCUGACUUUGUGCAUCGGCACCCUUCACAGCCCCACCAGCAAUAUGAAGACCACCAGCAGCAAGCUGGAACCAUCAUGCAUCAUGAUGCCCAGCACCCCCCAAAAAAAGCACCACGGUUACAGAACCCCUCUCAGGCACAGACAAAUAGUCAACUCCCAGACAGACACCCAAUGGAAGGAUACACACAAGCAGAAAUAUCGUCUUAUACAUACAGGCAAUCUAAACCACCAGGUAAAGUGCAGGAUGGAUCUAAUCUGUUUGCUCAACCAAUCCUCACUUUUCGUAAACACCCUAACUCGCAGCCUACACCUAAUGAAAUGGCGUCUAUGUUUGGCUUUGUUGGUGCAGCAGAGAUGCAAAAACAGCCCCAGAGACAGGAUACCCCAUCCAGUGCCCAACAUUCCCAGCAGCUUGUCAAACAUAUGCUGGUCAGAAAUGUGGACUUUCAGCACUCACAAAAUGCACAUCAUCAUCAGCUACAGGAUAGCACCCACAGUAGACAGAUGCCGGUCCAGAUGUCCCCCAAAGCUGAAUCACAGGACUCCUGUUUCCAGUUUCAGAGAGGACCUCUACCAACCACAGGGUCACAAGGGGAUUUCCAGACACAUACAGAACUUAAAAUGCAUCUCCUACAAAAGCAGGAAAGGCCAAGCCACCCUCAGAGCCCCAACACGAUCAGACCUAAUCUACAGCUUGUUAAACAUGAGAAUGACCCAAGAUUUGAUGCCCAAAUGCCACCACCUCAAAUGCAGCAUCAGGAUAGAGACCUGACUGGAAGCAUGCUAGGGACAGUAAAACAGGAAAGAACAUCUUCAACUUGCUCAAAUACCCAACCUAAGAGCAUCCUGGCCUCCAUGGAGCAGCAAUUACAACAGUACCAGCCUUGUCCCGUGUUUGAGAGGAGGUCUCUAUCCAUCAAGUCCCCCAAUAAGGUAAAAGUGGAGAUGGCUGGGAGUGUGGCAGUAAUUUCAACAAAUAUUGAAGGAAGUACUGAGGAACCGUAUAAACCCCCUGCUUCUACUCCCAAGAAAGAGCCAGGGUUACAGUGUUUUCUGGAUUCACCUAUGAAAUUGCUGGAUACUCCCAUCAAAAACCUUCUGGAUGGACCCAUUAAAACUCAAUACGAGAUUUCUCCAUGUCAUUGUGUUGAACAAAUAAGUGAAAAGGAUGAAGGCCCAUAUUACACUCAUCUGGGAGCAGCACCAAAUAUCAAGGGGAUCCGGGAAACCAUGGAAAAGAGGUCUGGCCUGACUGGUGGUGCUAUUAGAAUUGAGAAAGUGGUGUUUACAGGCAAGGAGGGCAGAAGCACACAGGGAUGUCCCAUUGCAAAAUGGGUAAUACGCCGAGCCAAUGUGGAUGAGAAGCUCCUUGUGCUUGUACGAGAGCGAGCCAAUCACACUUGUGAAACAUCAUGCCUUGUGGUAGCCAUCAUGAUAUGGGAGGGAAUACAAGCGAGCCUGGCUGAUCGUCUCUACACAGAACUAAGUGAUACACUGACGAAGCACGGUGCCCUGACUAAUCGCAGAUGUUCGCUCAAUGAAGAGAGGACUUGUGCAUGUCAGGGUCGAGACCCUGAUGCCUGUGGGGCUUCCUUCUCCUUCGGUUGCUCCUGGAGUAUGUACUACAAUGGCUGCAAGUUUGCUAGGAGUAAAAUCCCAAGGAAAUUCAAAUUGCUUGCUGAUGAUCCCAAAGAGGAAGAGAAGCUGGAGAGGAAUCUUCAGGCCCUUUCUACUUUGAUUGCUCCAUUCUAUAAGAAAAUGGCACCUGAGGCUUAUAGCAACCAGGUGGAACAUGAACACAGAGCUCCAGACUGCCGCUUGGGCCUAAACGAAGGUCGUCCAUUUUCUGGAGUCACGGCAUGUCUGGACUUCUGUGCCCAUGCCCACAGAGAUCUCCACAACAUGGCAGGAGGUAGUACUGUGGUCUGUACACUAACACGAGAGGACAAUCGUGAAAUUGGAAAGAUCCCUGAUGAUGAACAACUGCAUGUGCUGCCAUUGUACAAGGCUUCAUCCACUGAUGAGUUUGGUAGUGUUGAGGCCCAGCUGGAAAAAACAAGGACUGGCGCCAUCCAGGUGCUUAGCACGUUCCGGCGGCAGGUCCGUAUGCUAGCAGAACCAGCCAAAUCAUGCCGGCAGAGAAAACUAGAAGGCAAGAAAGGUGGACUUAACAAACCGUCUCACCUCAACACACCCAACAGCAAGGCAGAUAGCACCCAGCAAGCAAAGCAACAGAAACAAAGCUCUUGUGACAGUCUGAGUCUCAAAGCACCUUCAACAGGUGCACACCUGAGUCACAUAACUGCAGCCCUCCUGCCUGGUCAGAACCCUCUAGCUGCCCAAAACCAGCCUCAACAACAGUCACAGCCCAAUACUCCUCUGCCAUUCUCCACUCCAACAUCCUGUGCUAACUACCCAAGAUACCCCAACACAUCAGGAUCCUUCCCUUGCACUUCUAACCCCCCUAACAUGUUUUCUCAGUCUCCCAGCUCAGCCAGCCCUUAUCAUUCCCCUUUACCAGUUCCCAGUUCCUACAUGAAUGGGUCAAAUCUACCAAGCCCUUACGCUGGGGCACUAACCGCCAACAAUCUCUAUUCAGGUUACCAUUGUAACGGGGGUAUUCCCAUUGACAACUACCACCCUUACUAUUCCAAUCCAAAGCACCUGGACAUGUACAGGCAACAAAGACCAUCAAUGUACCCUGACCAACAAUUCAACCCUCAGCAGCACUAUGGCAUAAAUUAUCCACCACGAUAUGGCGAGCCGGCCCUAUCCGUCAAUGGAUAUGGCAACUGUAACAUAAGACCAAACAUGCACCCUAUGGGGCACUAUCCAGUGUACAGCCCAAAUGAGGGACCUAAUUCACAAUUUCUGGAUGCUCUCUCCAGACCACCUUUGUCUCAGCCAAGCUUGGAAUAUGCAGCUGCAAAUAAAUGCAAUCAGUUUGGCAGAUAUCCUAAUUCCUACCUGGGCCAGAAUCAUAAUUUUUUCUCGCAAAAUAUGGACCCCUUAAGUAUGCAAAAGCCAGAUAUGAGCCUCCAUGGGGCAAAUGUUUUCCCUCAGGUGCUUCCUUCUGUAGGCAGGGAAGGCAUGAACCCCAGCCAUCCUCCAGGUAUGGGUCUGCCAAAUGGAAACAUCCCACCCUCUAUGUUGAAACAAGAGCCAGGAACUGCAACGCCUGCACCUCAAGAGGAGGACGACGUGUGGUCAGACAAUGAGCACAACUUUCUGGAUCCAGAAAUUGGUGGUGUAGCUGUGGCACCCAGCCACGGCUCGAUUCUCAUCGAGUGUGCAAAGCGCGAGUUGCAUGCAACCACUCCACUUAAGAAGCCUGAUCGCACCCACCCUACUCGAAUCUCACUGGUUUUCUAUCAGCACAAGAACCUGAAUGAGGCGAAGCAUGGGCUAGCGUUAUGGGAGGCAAAGAUGGCAGAAAAAGCACGUGAAAAGGAGGAGGAUGCCGAGAAGCAUGGCACAGAUGGGACACCCAGCAAGAGUGGUGGCAAGAGGGUCAAGAAAGAACAUCCAGAACCGUCUGAGUUUUCAGAGCGAUCAUGUAAACGUUUUGUCCAGAUGCUCGCUGAAAAGUCACAGUCCUGCACCACCAACACUUAUGUCAGCUCAGCUCCCUAUGCCUUCACUAAGGUCACUGGGCCUUACAGCCACUUCCUGUAAGGAUCUUCUUAAGUUUACAUCACUUUCAGACAGGGGAACAGAAAAGUGUCUGGAUUUUUGCAAUGGUGCUACAAUAUUGCUUUUCAGACCUCAGUGCCACUGGCUGUAUUAACCCAGAGACAUGUAGAAGCUUCUGUGAGGCAAGCUGAAGACAAAUCCACACUAUGGAAAAAAAAUGCUAAAUGUACAACAGAUCAACAAGAGGGGAAAUAGGUUCAGCUUUACUGGUUGACCCUCAAAAAAGUAUUUAUUUGGUGCAUUUAUUGUUACUCGCACUGUUCUUCUUCUUUGGUGCUUUAAAUCAUGGAUGUCCAUUACUGGAAAUAUCUUUAAUUUGACAGUUUUUGGAGCCUAAAGGUAAAACCCUGGUGUAAAACACUGAUUUAGUGACUAAUAAUGUUCACGGUGCUAAGUGAAGAGAAUUACGAAUUUACACUUGGUUUAAAAAUAAUGAUUAGCCUGUUACCUCUGAUGUACUAAGCAAUUACUUUCAUGAUUUGGUAGCAAUUACAGGAACUUUUUUUUGGUGUUUCUAAAGCACUUUUUUCUUAUGAGGGUUUGAUCGGUUCUCCCUCAAGGGUUAGUUUUCAGGAUUGAAUUCAAAUUUUAAAAAUCAUGCAAGAUGAUUGAAUAUUAUUUUAUUUUCUACAUUUUAGAAAAGAGCAUAGUCAUUUGGUGCUUUUACGGUUUCACGUGUGUUUUAUAUUUACUAUAUAUUGAGCCAUUUUCAACAUGAAUUUUUUUAACGACUUAGCACAGGCAAAAAAUCCUGCUAUUCAAAAGUUUGCUACGAGUUUCAGAAACAUAUGCAUCGGGUUUUUUUUUUUUUUUUUUUUACAAUUUCACAAAGUCCUUAUAGAACAGGGUUUGCGCCACCUUCUGGUCAUUUUCCAGUUUCUAAGGCAGCUGGUUUGCUGUAAAGGGGAUCCUUUAAUAACUGUAAUCUAGAUGUAUCAUAAAAUAGGUGAGAUUUGUACAGUAAUUUAAAUCCUCUCUUUUUUUCUAAAAUGAUUUUAGAUUUUAGUACUGUAAAAGAGAGUAGAAUUUCUUGUGGGUUAUUCAUAAAAUGGUGCUACUUAUAGACCUGCUAUGAACAUUUAAUGUGAGAAUCUCUAUGGGUGGUGAGAAGGUUUUUGAAUGAUGUACAGAACCUAUUUGUCAUAUACCUCAAAACAUUUUGGCAAUAGGAUUGCUAUACCAGGAUGUCUUCAUUUUCUUUUUUUCCCACUUUUUUCAUUUUUCUGUAUUCAAAACUACGAAUUUCACGAAUGUUUAGGUCAGCGCAAACACUUGUCUCAGUUACUUUCAUCACACUUGAUCUACUAGAAAGUGUUACUUGAACUUCAAGCUUCAAAUUUCUAUAAAAAACAGAAGAAAAUCAGGGAUAUUUCAGCUCAUUUCACACCUCACCUGUUUCAUCUCUGCCUGUUCAGGGAUUAAUAUUUGCAUCCUGAAUCCCGUGUAUAUAAUUCAAACACACACACAAAAAAAGAUUUGCAUAUUUUAUAUCUUAGUGGAUUUUUAGAAGUACAAUAUUAUGCACUGAGUUGACUAAAGGGAAGUUAUGGCUUUUGUUUCUUUUUUGUUUUUUUUCUGACAUAAGAAAAAAAAAAUUCAGACACACAUGCUCGGUGAACACGUGACAGUAAAAAGCUUAUCAACCCCCCCACCCUUAAAAAAAAAAAAAAAAAAAAAAACAAAAGAAGAAAAAAAAAAGUUAAAAGUGACCGUGGCAAGAAUUAUUUUCUGAAAGCACUUCAAUAAUUGUUGUUUUUUUCAACACCACCGUCACCUCUGUCUCAUUUGGGAUCCAAUUAUUGGGAUUAAUUUAUGAUGCUAGAAUUUAUUUUCUGUGUUUAUCUCUGUAAAGCUGCUUUGGAAAACGUCCACCAUUUACAAAUAAAACACUUGAAUUGAAUGAUAAAUCUAAAUGUUGAAUUUGGUAAUGGUCAGGGUUUGAUGAGCUGCAUGAUUACUGUACUAGCUCCUGUUUCUCAACUAGCAUCUCUAAAAUACAGGGAUUUUAUUUACUUUGUAGCAUUUCAGUUUGAUCCACUGAAAUGCUCAAUGAUGCUCAGUGUACAGUGAGCUCCAGAAGUCCAUUGGGAAUUAUUACAAAGAGGAAGUUCCUGAAAAGGAAAUUAAUACUUAAUAAUGAAGAUUCUGCAGGUCUGUGUGUGAUAAAGCAUUUUUUACAAGACUAAGAAUAUAUAUCAUUUCAAUUUAUACAUUUAUCCCUAAUGACUGAGGUGAGAGUGGUGAGGAAAAACAACUCCUGAGAACCUUGAGAGGAACCAGACUCAAAAAGGGAACCCAUCUUCAUCCUUAAUGCCUUUAUAAAUCAUUCCUGUCUCACUGUGCACAUCACUGAUACAGCACUGAUUCUGAAACCAGGAUCUUCUUCCCGAACAUGUUCAUCUGAUUGUCCUUGAGUCUGAUCAGAACAAACUCUGACGUAACAUGGACGAUCAGGUUUUAGAUGAACACGAGGCAUCCAUUCAGCUCAGAUAGAGGAUGACCCCAAAACUAAUACAUUCUGAAACUAAUAUCUUUAUUUGAAAUAUUCAACCUUUCACUCACUUAAUUCUCAGUAUAAUAAAGAAUAUUUUGGCCAUACGGUGUGUUUUUAUUGAUAUUUUUAUUCCCUUUUUUAUCUGAGAUACUGAUGAGAAAGUAAUAAAACCCAGACCCUCAUUUCAUCAUCUAUAUCUGAUGGUAUAAGAAAUGAAAUGACAGCUGAAAGGGUUAGACAUCAUCAGGUGUAGAGGGACAGAUCAGGUGUAGAGGUGGUAUCCAUGGUAACUAUUCAGAACAUUGAACACACUAUUCACUGCACAGAACCAUCAAUCCAUUGUUUUGUGUGAGGAAACAGAAGAACCCUUUCAGAAACCUGGAGCACCUGAUCCCUCUGUAGACAGUUAAAUAGUUUUGUAAAUAAAUAGAGUUUUUUUGUACAGAAUCGAGCCUGAUUAGCGGGCUAAUAGGAGAUAAAAAAGAAAAAACAAUGCUCAUUGAGUGAUUAAUUAGCGGGUGAAAGCACAGCCAUACUUGAAGUCAUACUUGUUUUGUGUGGAGUCAACUUUACUUGAAGGACUUUCAGAUGUUCUGGUUUGCAGCGUGAAUGCUACGCUAGCAUGUGUUGGUCUGGUUUUUUUUUUCCAUGUAGACACUAAAUGGGUUCGUUUCUGUCUCUGUCCUCUUUCUUUGUUUCCUCCAAGUUUGGUAUGCUUCAAAAAAUUACGGAUGGAUAUGAAAUUGUAAGUAUUGUAAUGUACUGAAGUACUGAAUGCAGUUUAUUUGAAAGCUGUUUAUGAUAUCAUUCCUGAUAUUACAGAGAUGUGGGUGUUUUUAAUAAAAUUUAUAUUUAUUUCAUGCAUUUCAAA